AUGUCGACAUUAGCAAGUCAAUUACGAGAAAGUUUAGUAUAUGUUAAUAGAUAUUGCUUAAUACCCGUAUUUAUAUUAGGUAUCAUAGGUAAUAUAGCUAAUAUGAUAGUAUUUUGUCAAGGUCGAUUGAAAAAUAAUGGAUGUUCAUUAUAUUUUCUUAUUGUUUCAUUGAUUAAUAUAUUUAUUCUUUGUUUUGGUUGUGUUGUUCGUAUAGUAAUUACAUUAAGUGGAUUUGACUCGAGUCAUUUUUCAUUAUUUUUCUGUAAAUGUCGUGUUUAUUUUUUUAUAGCUGGUCUUGGACUAUCUCGAUUUUAUCUAUGUUUAAUAUGUAUUGAUCGAUGGUUAGUUACAUCGUUAAAUGCACGAACUCGUCGUUUAAGUAAUGUGAAAACUAUUCGACGAAUCAUUCUUGUUAGUACGAUUAUUUGGCUUUUAUUUCAUCUUCAUGUAGCAAUUGGAUUUCGUAUAGAAAUCAGUGCUUAUGUUCCAUCAUCAGAUGGAUUUUAUUCCACAUUUUAUUUAAUUACUGAUCUUGGUUUUUCAAUUAUUCCAUUUAUUAUCAUAAUUUUAUUUAUCAGUUUUCGAUGUUUUUUUGACCCUGCGGACAAACACCCUAGUUUCCGUGCUGCCAACUCAUCCUUUCAGGAUUGA